AUGGAUAGAUAUGGUAAAGGAGUGUUUCAUAGAGUGAGCGCAUUCUUUUUCAUCCGUAUUGAUCUUCCAUUCAUAGAUGAAAGGAGCAUCUCUGGACAACCGUUGAUCCUUUCUACUUACUCUGUAUAUCAUAUAUUGAACUUAUUCAAAAUCCAUUGUAUGAAAUUCUUAAGUUGUCCAUUUUUUGACCAUUCACCUGUUUAUCCCACCGAACACUUUGUGGUGCACAACCUGCGGCCUGGGUGCGAUGCAGUAGGAACGAAAUUGUCGCGUCGCGGCGAGCGAGACGCCGCGCACGAAGGAAUGUAG